AGUAGUUCCGUGCCUUCUGGCUUGUGUGGACAAGUACUGUUUUCUCUCCAAUAACUACGGAAGUUUUCCCAGGAUUAAGGAUUCUUCUGUAGAGGCCGGAAGCAAAUUUUAUAACUCCGCUCAGUCAAUGCAUGCCGGGCGUCGUCAGAUAGGCGCUCGCAAUGAAGUUAUUGUUGCUGAAGUGAAGGCCUUUUUUCUUCUGAAUCACGUUAAGCAAAGGUCGGACAGCCACGAGUUUAGCUGAACCCGACAAGAGUUUACUUUUAUUUCACAACCGAGCACUGUUUUUCCGAAUAACAGUCUUCUUCUUACUUAACAACUGCGAACUGCUACCAUGUUAAGAAUAUUUAUUGAUGAAAAGUUAGAUACAAUGUACAUUUCUCUUUACACUGUUAACGCACUCACGGCACAGAACUGACCACCGAGGGUGUAACCAACAUCAGCUGGUGAUGGCGAAACUCAUAUACACUCAAUGUUGAGAGCCCUCUAGGCGCUUUCGAUAUAAAUGUACCAUGUUACAAUACGAACUAAUUCAAAAUAAGCGUAAUUCCACCUAGAAAUAGUCAUUGAAGCUUUUCGACGAUUGUAAGGGAAGGUAGACGAGACUAGGAAGUUAAAUAGCUUUUAACUUUUUCUGAUUGACAAGCAAAAGGCGUGACAGUGAAUUUAUGGGAUAUUUACACAUGAUAGUUGACUGGCCCCUAAGGUGGAUACGCAUGUUCAAGAUUGCGCUGCCUAUUGAAACAGAUUUUAUCGUUCUUUCACCGUUCGAAUUCGCCGAUUGUGAUAAAUAUCAUCUCUAAAGUCUGUGUUAUCUCCAACGAAGAUCUUUGGUUUAGCAUAACAGUUUCGGCUUUUAAAGUUUGUUAUCGGGGUGAGAAACGUCCUGACGAUGGCAGCAGCUGCAGCAGUGGGGAAGACUCCUGUCUCGGUGCUGCAGGAGCUGCUAAGUCGCCGUGGGACAACUCCGAAAUACGAACUUGUCCAAAUAGAGGGAGCAAUUCAUGAGCCUACAUUCCGUUACCGUGUCACAGUUGGAGAUGUUGUUGCUAUGGGGACAGGACGUUCGAAAAAGGAAGCUAAACAUUCAGCAGCUAAGGCUUUACUUGAUAAAAUGAUGGUUACUGCCAACAGUGGAGAUGAUGGCGUCGUCGUGAACAGUGAGAACAUAUCAGAAGUAAAGACUGAAAUUUUAUCACCAUAUGACAACAAGAUACCAGGAAACCCAAUUGGUUCUUUGCAGGAAAUGUGCAUGUCAAGACGAUGGCCUCCACCCAAUUAUGAAAUGGUGCAUGAAGAAGGAUUACCUCAUGAACGAUUGUUUACAAUUGCAUGCUAUGUUUUUAAAUACAAAGAAACAGGUACAGGGAAGUCAAAGAAAUUAGCUAAGCGGCAGGCAGCUCACAAAAUGUGGCAACGGUUGCAGGAUUUGCCAGUUACAGCUACAGUUGCUCCAGUACCAGAUGACGAUGAUGAAAUUUCUCAUCAAAUUGGGAAUGUCGCUGCCCAUUACUCAGAUUUGAAAGACUGUAAGAUAAAUACUACGCAUAGUGUUCACCAUAACCAAAAAGUCUCUCAGUUUCAUAAACAAUUGAAGCUCUUAGAAGGACAAAAGUUGAAUGAUCUACAGAAUACACCCCUGAAUACAUCAAAUUUCAAUUUUGGGCAAUUUCUGCAAGAAAUAGCAACUGAACAGAGGUUCGAAGUGACUUAUGUAGACAUUGAAGAAAAAUCUGUCACAGGUAAAACACAAUGCCUCGUUCAGCUUUCAACUGUUCCUGUGGCCGUAUGUUAUGGUUCUGGAAAUGACACAAAGGAAGCACAAUCAUCAGCUGCAAAAAAUGCGCUUGAGUAUCUAAAGAUCUUAUCAAAAAAGUGAAUAAUUGCUUCAUGAGGUGGUCACACAGUGUGCCCUCUCGAAGGCAAUCAGGAGUCAUGGAUGUUAAAGAAUUUUAAUUGUCUGUAAAUGGUAUAGAGUGCACUUUGCUGUGAUUGACCACCUCUUUGAAAGUUUUGUCCCAUUGUUAAUUAUCUUGAUAUGAUCUGUAAACCUCAAGUCGCUUUUUAAUGCUAAAGACCGCUGCAAGUCGAUCCAAGUAAUUACUUGCGGCAGAUCCUGAGCCGGGCCGUUCUGAUCAGAAAAUGCACCUACAAAACAUUCUGUGAAGCAGUAUACAUAGAAAAACCUCCUAAUAAAUUCGCACAGGUCUUAACUGACAGUAAUUUUUCACUAUGUACUGUUUUCCAGAAUUUGCCAUUUUUGUUUGUUUCCCAGACCUUCAUAUGUGAGUGUAUUUCCUGGUCGGAAAGGCCCCAUUGAAGCGGAGAGGCAGUUUGUAUCAGGUACAAAGAAUACAAGCUAUACUUUGCAUAGAAUUAGUGGAAUUUUCCAAAUAAGAGUGGUCUGUUUAAAUACUGGGUUUCAGAUUGUGGUUAUGAUGUGCUAUACUGAAGUAUUUACUCUUGGGUAGACUGUAUUGGACUAGAAUUAAGGGUUUCAGUAUAGCUGUAAGAGUACAGUUAAAUUUUGAUGCAAUUUUGCCAUUGAAUUCUAUGGUUAUAUCUUAAACAAUUUGUUUUACUCUUGUAGAAGUAUGUGACCAUGUCAGGUAACAGUCCAGUAAAUGUAGAGUUUUAAACUUAGAGGGUCUUGUAAUGUGUUGUCAUGUUUGUAUAACAAGGAGUCUAUGGCUUGAACUUCGGAAAACAGCAUUAUUUUAAUGCAAAGUAUAGAGGUUGUAAUAAUUCUUAUUUAAUCCUAAUGUGAAAUAUUUAUUUUCACUAAAAAAAAAUGUUGGAAAUUGUCUGUAUUUCAGGAACAUGAUAAAGCAGGUUAAGUGCGUUACAUUGAUACACAAAUUUUGACUAUUUUUUUCCUUUGCAUGUACUUUCAUGAAACAGUUGUGGGGAAACUUUGUUUUAUAAAGAAAGGUAACAUGUGAGAAAGCAGUUUUUUCUGAGUAUGCAUUUUCAGUGCAACAACUGUAAUGUUCACCUAUCUGUUACCAGCCUUUAGCUGGUGUUAGAAGUGAAGUGAUUUAUAUCCAGAAUCUGAGAAAAAUUCAGUUGCUCACUAAGUUAUUUUUACCCUAUAAAACUGGGUGAGAACUUUGUAUGGUUCAUGGAAUUUUUGUUUUGAUACUGAAGGCACCUUUGAUAUUUUCUCUAUUUGUGUUAACAUAAAAAUAUGUUGCCAGUGUAAACACUUCAGCCUGCAUGUACUUUUUAAGUGUUUGGUCUAUUGACAGUGAAUUUUGUUGACAUUAAAACAACCACCUAAUUUAAAUGUUUAUUUUCAUUUUAUUGUUUAAGGCGUCAGUUGCCAAGGAAGUUUAAAGCUAAGAAUACGAUUACAUUUUGAUUAUUGACUUUGAUUAUUGAACAUAAACACAACAUAACUGAUGCUGUGAGGCAGCUGUAGACUGACAGUUGGAACUGUCAGCAGAUUACAUUUGUACAGAGGACAUAUUUAAUGUGAGGGCUCAUGCCAGGGCGUACUUUGGUGUCACUUUUGACAGCUUUUUUAAUUUACUAAAUUGAUAAUAUGAAAAUGGGGCAGUUGUCUGUGAAGUUAAAUAUAAAAAUUGUCAAUUCCUGCAUUGCGCCAUGUUAUGAGUAAUUGGAAUUUUUCAGUAUUUGUUUGAGGUAUUUUCAGAAUUCACUGCAGUUAGUGAAAGUGGCAUAAUUAUCUUUUAUUAUAUUCAUGCUGUGAUACAGUGCUGGUCAUUAUACAUCACACCCUAUUAUAUAUUGAACAUGUAGCACAAUAUUGUAAUUGGGGUAAAUAAUGUGAUAAAUUGCAGUACCUAAUUUUGUAUAGUUCAACCAACCUUAAGAAUUAUUGUGAGUGCAAAGCAUUGGAUAGUUAAUGCUUUUUGAAAAGAAAAGUUUUUUAAGUGACUUCCCUUAUGCAUGUCUGUUAUGGUUCUUUGUUUUCCAUUUACAGUCAUUUGUGUUCAAUGUGAAUUAUUAUCCUAAUGUAUUUGAGUUGUCUUUGCACUAAGAAAUACAGAAAUAAAAAUGUGAAUUCCUAUGUA